GCGCUACGGGUGCCGGGUGGGGCGAGGGGCCGGGAUGUGUCUGCUGCUGGGGGCCGCGGGCGUCGGGAAGACGCUGCUGGUGAAGCGGCUGCAGCAGCUCAGCUCCCGGGAUGCGCAGGGCGGCCUGGGGGAGCCGCCGCCGACGCGGCCCACGGUGGGCACCGACCUUACCGACAUCGUGGCCGGGAGAAAGAUCACCAUCCGGGAGCUGGGGGGCUGCAUGGGCCCCAUCUGGCCCAGUUACUAUGGGAACUGCCGUUCUCUCUUGUUUGUGAUGGAUGCCUCCAGCCCCACCCAGCUCUCUGCCUCCUGUGCCCUCCUCCUGGGGCUCCUUUCUGCAGAACAACUUGCGGAAGCAUCGGUCCUGAUCCUCUUCAAUAAGAUUGACCUGCCCUGUUACAUGACCAUGGAGGAGAUGAAGUCGCUGAUUCGGCUUCCCGACAUCGUCGCCUGCGCCAAACAGCGCAUCACCACCGCAGAAAUCAGCGCCCGCAAAGGCACUGGUUUGGCCGGAGUGCUGCGCUGGCUCCAGGACACCCACAAAACCAACAGUUGACAAUGAGGCAGAGGCGACAAGUGGACAAUAGGAGUGUCACAGGAAGAAGGAAUGACUGCCAUGGGCACGUCCAUCAGCUCCUUUGCUCGGGGAACAUUUUUUGAGCUCCCCCAGCUCAGCGAGGAGUUCAGCAAAGCACAGGGUAGUACAGGCUCCACCGGAGGCCACCACACCGGGGUGCUCACAAGCAGCAUUCCAAGAUGCCUCUGCCGUGGCCUGCACUUUGGCUGGGGGUGGCUUACAGGAAACCGCCUUUUCUGUUGAUGUGCGAUUGGUCCCCUGGGGCUGCUGUAACAAACUGUCACAACCUUGGUGGCUUAGAACAAUGUAAGUUUUUCCCCUCACAGUUCUGGAGACCAGGAGUCCUAAAUCAAGGUGUCGGCAAGUUGGUUCCUUCUGGAGGCUUCUGCAGGAGGCUCUGUCCCAUGCCCCUCCUGCCUUCUGGGGCUGGCAGCUGGUGUCCGCAGCUUGUGGCUUGCAGAACUUCAGUCUUCGCCUCCGCUGUCACCCAGCCGACUCCUGGGUGUCUCUCUGUUCCCUCCUUAUAAAGACACCAAUCCCUGGAUAGGGCCCCCCUGAACCCAGGAUGAUUUCACCCUCAAUUUAGCUGCCUCUGCAAAGAUCCUUUUACCAAACGAGGCCACAGGCUCUGGCAGUUAGAACUAGGAAAUGUCUUUUGAGGACAACACUCCCUCUGCUCUUGGGCCCGGGUUUGCAUUUCCUAGAAAUGGCUGUUUUGUGUUCUCCGGCAGCUCGGGCUCCUUUAGCCACACGAGGGGUCCAAGCCUCUGCUGCCCUGCUCCCCCCGCACAGAGCUUCCGGAGGAGCUGGCCCAGGGCCUUGGGCUCUACAGUUCCUGGCUGGCCUGUUAGCUGGGGGUGAGUUUUGUCCAAAUGGUGGAUCUUAGAUGAUGUUUGCAAAUAGCCCUUUGCAGAUCCUCCAGGGUGAUACGGGUUCGGAUUUCUUUACUUCCCAGUUGAAACGAUGGGCCUAGCAGGGCACCUCUUUGGGAGGGCUCUGUACUGGCAUUUUGUGCUGCACAGCUUGUGCCACGGCCGGGGACCACCUUCUCGGACACGCCACCUUGGUGCACACCUGCCACACCACUCACCGCUGACACGCCACCAAGCAGCCGUGGAGGCUCCCGGCCCCGGUCCUGCCUCCAGGGUCCCUGUAGGAGAUUUCACAGACAACUUGGGAUCUGAAGUGAUUGGCUUGCAGAUGUCCCCCAAUUCCAGAGUUCUUUAACAAAGCCUAGUUAAAAUAGUUAAGUUCUAGAAGAAUUUUUUUGAAGUUAUAUCUCAGCACCUUCUUCAACUAAAGGCAUAAUAAUUCAGAAACAGGAGUAGCAGUAGCAGUUGUGAGCUCCGGUGCUCGCCCGCCCGUCCCCGGCCCUCGGGGCUCCCACAGGUGGAAAGUGCGCCUCGUGAGAACCAGGGGGGCCCGGGACCCAGUGUCUGGGGCACAGGGGCCUUCACUGUGAAAAAGGCCUGGGGUCCAUCCUGCCCAGGGCUGAGGGCAGCCAGGCCUGUGGCCACCCCUUGGUCAUGUCCCUGCCAGCCUGGGGUGUAGGCUCUCCUGAGCAGAACCUGGGUGCUUGGUUUGGAGCAGACCAGGAAGGGAACUGGGCUUCUGCCCCAUGUGUUUUUACAGCCAAGCCCAGAGCAGAUGGUAAAGGCGCCCAGGCCAUGGGCCAGGAGACCAGAGGGGACAGGCAGGAGCACGUGCUCAAGGAGGGUGUCGUGAGGCGUGUGGGUGACCCGGCCAAGCUUGUUGAGGGCAAUGGCCUGAGCUGGACACCUGCUCCUAGUACUUAAACUGCCUGGGAACGUUCCUUUAGAUUAAGUGCCUUGGUGGAGAAAUCCCUGGACCGGACCCAGAGAUCUUAAAUAUUCGAGUCCCAAAAAGAACAGGCUGCCCAGGACCCAGGGGACAGCGAGCUUGAGGUUUGGGCACAGCCUGGCUGGGACAGCCCUGCUUUCGGGGGGCAGAGCUGUGCCCAGCAGUGGCCUCAGCUACUGUUUCUGGCCUGUCAGAAAUGGGCUGCCCCGGCCGUGAGCUGCAGGGACCUCUCCAGUACUUGGCAGGGAGGUGUUGGCCGGGCAGGGCCUGUGCUCCCUCACUCCCGUUCUUUCCCUUCGAGGUGGAACCAUUUUGGGUCACAGGCCGAGGGCUUGACGGGGCGAUGGCUGCGCUCCCCCACACUAAGAGCAGGUUCCGCAGGAGGGGAGAGCUGCUGAGUGCCAGGGCCCCGCUGGGUCCUCUCAACCCUGAAGAGCCCCAGGUGCCAUCCCCGGGGGAAGCCAUUGGGCGGCAGCAGGGCCCUGGGAUGGGGCAUCCAAAGGGGUCACGGGAAUAAAUAAAGGAGGCACAGCUGGCCUCCGGCCUGAGCAAGCGUUAGCAUCCCCUGCAGAGCUGGUUAAGACAUAGUGGGGCCCCACCCCAAGUUUCUAACAUCACAGGUCCACAGUGGGCCUGAGAAGUGUUUCCAGCAAGCUCCCUGGGAAUGUCAAUGCUGCUGACCCCCAGCCCUACCUUUGCUUCCUCCUAUUUGCAGCGUUGCCCUGUCCACUCCGUGCCCUCGGCCUUCUGUUGGCUCUCUGGUCCCCCAGGAGGGCGUGCACCCCACCUUCCUCCUGACAGCUGCCCAGCCCUUUGACCCGUGUUUUAAACUAACAAAUGGCAGAAAAGAUUUAAGCUUCCCCCAUUUCCACCUCUGCUGAGGCUCCUGGAGACUGUCCCCGAGCAGGGACGUGGGCGGCUGCGCCCCAGCCUGGUAGAGGGUGGGCACAGGCUGUGAUGGGGGCAGCGGGUAGGGAUGGGCCUCUCCAGCCCGAGGCCACCCGCCUCCCCAUCCCGGCUCUGCCUGUUGGUUGUGGACAAAUUGAACCAACCAGGACGAGCUCAUCACCCUGGGCAAUGGGGAAACCGAUCCAGACUACACGCUCUAGACAAAUCUCGCCAAAUUCAAGCAUUGAUGAGAGAGUAAUAGAUUUGGGGGGGAGGGGUCAUUGUUUAUGAAAACAAGCUCUGCUACAUCAAGUAAUAAAUACAAAGAUGCCA